GGUGCUAGCCAGAAGAGCUGCUGGAAAGAAGUUAAAAACUGCCGAGAGACCUGACCACAGACAGAGGAGCAGAGCUGACUAGGGAGAAGCAGAAGCUGCAAGCAGCAGACAGCAACAAGAAAAUAAUACGGCAAAGCCAAAGGGCAUACAAGGAAGAAUAAAUUAGAUUUUGGCCUGAGCUUUUGGAAGUCUUGAAAGAGGUGGAGUUUUCCUUUUUCACUGACGGAGGAAUUUGAAAUCACAGAGAAAGAGGAAAGCAAAAAUGGAAAUAUUUCAUAAACACAAGGGUGAAGGUAAAAUCAGAAUUUCCCAUGAACUCUCAGAAGGGGAAAAAUUAGGAACAAGUAACAGAAAGGUGCGGGUGAAGAAAUGCCUGGAUAGCCUUGGGAUUCCCUGUAAUCUGGAUGAUGUGCCCAAUAUCGCCAUCCUGGGAGCUGGGGGAGGUCUACGAGCCAUGAUCGCCCUUCAUGGAACCCUGCAGGAGCUACAAAAACAUGGUCUCUUGGACACCAUCAUGUACUUGUGUGGGGUUUCAGGUUCAACUUGGUGUAUGUCAUAUCUCUACAAAAAUGGGGACUGGACAGAGAAAUUGCAGGCCUUGGAGGAAAGUAUGUGUGCUAGACUUUCCAAAUACACCUGGAGUGUCCCAAAGGCAACAAAAUUGCUUCUCGAGGCAGCUAAAGAUGAAAAUUACUCUCUAACUGAGUUCUGGGCAUACACUGUGGUCUAUGGAAUGUUACAUGAGCUGGACAAGGGACACUUGUCUGAGCAGCAGAGUGCUUCUGAGAAUGGAAAUAAUCCCUACCCCAUCUAUGCAGCAGUGGAUGAGCGAAGUUUUUCCAAAGUAACUGAAUACUCUCCAGCAACUUGGUUUGAGUUCACCCCCCAUGAAGCCAGCUUCCUUGGCUAUGGAGCAAGUGUACCCAUGGAAUACUUUGGAAGUGAAUACAAGAAUGGGGAGCUAAAGAAGCAGAAAGAAGAGAAAAACAUGAGUUACCUACAAGGUUUGUGGGGAAGUGCCAUUGGCAGCAAAACAGAAAAUGAAAAAGUCAUAAAAGACAUAUUCUUUGGCUUCUUUAAGGGAGAAAAAGAAUCAUAUUCACCAUCUAAAGAAAGUUGUCCGGAAGGAAUAGUCAAGGGAUUUCCAAUACCCUCCACUGAACCUGAAGCUGGUGAUAUGGAAGGCUCAUUGCACGGUGAGCCAGCAGGAGCUUCACCUGGAGGCUUUUCACCAGAUACUAAGAACAAGCCAAUUACUGAGAACAUUAAAGAAGGAGUAGGCUCAGUGGUGGAUUUCGCUAGAAUGUGGCAAAAAACCACUCAUGGUCUCUUGACCUGGAAAUGGGGAACGAAUAAUAACUUUCUUUACAAAUGUUCUGCUCUUGACUCUACUGAGCUGGUGAAGGAUAAAGUCAUCUCCUUGGUAGAUGCUGGAAUAGCCAUAAACUGUGCUUUCCCUCUGGUUCUCCGCCCGGAAAGGAAAGUGAAACUGAUUCUCUCCUUUGACUAUGGCCCUUUUGAACCAUUUAAGGCCCUCAAGCAAACUGCCAAAUACUGUAAGGAAAACUGCAUCCCAUUUCCUGAGAUAGAUGAGAAAUUGCUCCUAGAGCCAGAUAACCCUUCCGACUGCUACAUCUUCAGAGGAGAGGGUGCUCCAACCGUCAUGCACUUCCCACUUUUCAACAGAGUGAAUUGCCCGGCCUAUGUGACAGAAUGGAGGAUUAGAUUCACCAUGCUUCGCUUUCUCUACCAUGUGGGAGACAUCACCAAACUCCUUCAAUCAGCCAGACUAAAUGUAUUGAACAAUAAAGACAAGAUCCUACAAGAGAUCAAAUACAUUAUGGCUCACUCCAGCAAGGAGGCAAGCUCUUAAGAAGACUUUUUCAUCUAUGCUUUGCAUACGUUAAAGCCACCCAGUAGAUUUUGCGAACUACAGAAUUGUCAUUUGGCUGGAAAAUAUCAUCAUUUGGAAUCACAGUGGGGAGAGGAGUCUCAGUUUCUACUGUGAAAGCACUAGUACCUAGUUCUUGAGUUAGCCCUGUAACUUGACUGCACUUUACUUCAGCAAUUCUGAUUCUGCGCAUGAGUCAAAGAAAAAUUCUCUCUUGGUAUUCUUUCUUGCUGUUUUGAAUUAUUGCUCAAUCUGCCUCUGCUCUGUUUGAUACCAGAUGCCUUUAUCUCCUGAUGCACAGUUCAUGUUCAAUCAAUAAAGCCUAUAAAAUCGCAUCAUUUGCACACAGUGCCUCCAGCCUAGAAAUAGCCUGCAAAAGCACAAGCACAUAAGACCUGUGGUAAAAGCCAUCUGCCCUGUCUCCCUGUAGUGACUAGAUCACAUAGAAAUUAUGAGUAAGGCUGUAAUUUAGUUACAAGUAUUUUUAGUAAAAUCAUGGACAGGUCAUGGACAAUAAAGAAAAAUUUACACCUGGUGACCUGUCCAUGACUUGUACUAUAAAUACCCAUGACUAAAUCUUAGGGACUUUGGCGGCCUCUGGGGCACUGUUGCUCUGGGGUGGGGGAGUGGUGCCCCACUGCUGCUAAGAGGGAAGGCCCAGGGCCUCGCUGUGACCCUGGGGCAGAGCCUGAGACUGAUGCUGUUCAGGCAGCUCCUGGGAGCAAGUGCCUGGGGCCUCCCGAUUAGUGGCCAGUGCGGCUGACUCCGACUCCACCCAAGCAGCUAUCCCCUGGGGCUGCCCGAGCAGAAACCAGUGUGACUGGCCCCAGAGCUGCCCCACCUGCUCAGGCAGCCCUGAGGUCAGUCAUACUGACUACUGUAGAAGUCAGAGAGGUCCUGGAAAAUCAUGAAAUCUGUGACUUCUGUGACCUCCAUGAAAGACUCCCAAUUUUAACAAUGAAUCUUCUGCAGACUUUCAGAGGUGGGAGUGCCAGCAGUAUGGCAUGUGCUUACAGAUCAGGCAUUCCUGGGUUCAGUCCAUCUGGAGAUGGCAUUGUUAAAAUAUAGAGCUCUCAGAUUCACCCCAUGAGGUGAAUGAAUUCUGUUUGAAAUGCCAAUGA